CAACUAACCCAUCGAACCAGCUUUCUACUGAAGAACUCCAUGGUUUGCUUUUGCUUUCUGGUGGAUCAGAAGCGGAGGAUACAGCGGAGUAGGCCGGCUCCUGGAAUUUGCUCCAGGUGCGGCGGCGGAGCCAGCGUAGCCGACAUGAAAACCGCCACCAGAUUCUGUCACGUCCCAUUUUACUGGAAAUCCUGGAGAGCCCUCAUCUGUACCUUUUGUGGAUCUGUUCUUCGAUCCUAUCGCUAAUUUUUUUUUUUUUUUCUUCAUUUUCUUUAUGUUCUUCAUCAAAUGUAGUCUGGAAUUGUUCAUCUU